AGCCGCGUCCGAGGGCCGCGCCGCCGUCCCGAGGGCCCCGAGCCGCCCCGCGCGCUGGAGCCUGGACGUGCCCGCCUCUUCCUUGGGCCUCUCGGCCUCCUCUGGCUUCGGGCUUGGCCUUCCCGGACCUGCCCGCCUGGAAGCGAGAGGAAACCCGAGCGAAGACAGCUGCUGGGUCAGGCUGCUCGAAACAUGGCCCUGCAGGAGGAUGCCGUCUUGCACUCAGAAGACAGCUUAAGGAAGAUGGCCAUCAUCACCACGCACCUGCAGUACCAGCAAGAAGCUAUUCAGAAGAAUGUGGAGCAGUCGUGGGACCUGCAGGACCAGUUGAGUCGCCUGCUGAAGUAGGAUGCGGAAGGGGGCAGCAAGGAGGAAGGAAGGAAGCUCCUGCUCGGCCAUUGCGCCCUGGGUUUGCUUUUCCAUUUUUCUCUCCAGAAAUGAAGUGGGAGGACAUUUGUGUUGAUGUCCACUUUCUCCUGGCCAGAAGCCAGGUGGUUGAACUUGGCAAGCACUCUUGAAUUGACUCACCCAUGCAUUACGGAAUCUUUUUGGCUGCUGUUUAAUUUGACAUCAAAGCAAAAUUAAAAGACAUCUUCGUUUUUCCCCAUUGAACUUUUAA